GGCGUAGGACAGUUUGAGUCGGCCAACAGUUGGUUAUUCUGAAGUUCUCCCUCAGGAUGCGUGAGUUGCUGAUGGCUCACUCAAGUUCUACACGCCCCAGCCGACUGAAUGAGCGGUAGGGGCAACAAGCUGGGCUGGUGGCCAAGGCAUGGCCCGUCCUAGCAAUAGGGAUGCGAGACAGUCAGAAAGAAGACGCGCAGAACAACGGGAGGACCGGGAGGAGAUGGGAUCGAAGGAAUCCGUGAUGGAAGGCCUGCGAGAGAGGGGUGGGGUCAAGGAACUCGCUUAUUUGCCCGAUAUGCGGGAUUGGGAGCGAGCGAACGCACCCAAAGUGGAGAUUGGUCUCUUCAAUGGUUGUCAUAUCUUUGACUUCCUCGAUAAAGUCGAACAAUUGGCGUCUCAACGCGAAUGGAAUGAGGAGCAGAUGUUAAAGGAGGUCAUAAAGUUUAUCCAUGUAGACAUGAAGGAGGAAGUCAGUGAAUUGAUCGGAAAGGCAGAGUCGUCGUGGAGGAGGUUCCAUAAUGACAUGAGGAAUAAGUACCGACUGGGUGAGGAGCAGUUAACCAGGGAUGAUCUUGAGAAGAAGGAACGAUAUGAUUAUGCGUCGGCAAGACAAUUUCUGGCAGAAUGUGAGCGUGCUUCAUAUAAGUUGCUGAUGGCUCACUCAAGUUCUACACGCCCCAGCCGGCUGAAUGAACGGGUGUCUUUUCUGCAUGUCGCACAAUGCACGCCGGCGCCGCGCCUUCCCGUCCUUGCCGUCCGUGAUAUUGCCACGAGGCAAUCGAACGUGCGACGACAGCGGGCGUCGUCGCACCACUCACCGACCAGUGUGAAAAAGACGAAAGCCAUGGCGGCUGUAUUCUUCCACAUCCGUACGGGAGAUGCAUGCUCCAUUUUGCACAUUUGGAAUGGUGGCGCCGAGGAAGCAGUGGCAAUGGAAGUUGACGGUGUUCGUGCAGCAGCCACGCCAUUGGAAAAAUUGCCGGGAUCUAGGUCGGUGGUGGGAGAUCGUGUGGUUCGUGAAGUUGAUGUCCUCCUUUGCCCCCGGCCGGAGAACGAUGGCAUGCAGCUAUACCUCCUUCAAUACCCUCUUCGGCCGGCUUGGCGGCCGUACGAACUGGAGCAGCGGUGCCAGGAGAUCCGCGUGAAGCCUAAGCAAUCAAAGGUGGAAGUGGACCUGUUUGUUGACAGUCACACGGAGAACUACGAUCAGGAGGCGCACGACCACUUGAAGAUAACGCAGCAGACAUUAUCGUCUUCCCGUCUGCAGCUGCAAGCUAAUUAUGCAAUUGGUCUGUUGCGCGAAAAUGAACUCCACCUCUCGCCAUUGAGCGCUGUUGUUCAGUUAAGGCCGAGCAUGAAGUAUCUUGACGCAGCGGACGAGCGGAAGCGAGCUGUAGAAAAAGUGAACGAGGAGGAGAAUGAGGAGGAGGAUGGUGGUGGUACUGGCCCUUCGGGCCUCGUCCCGCUUCAAGUGCAGAUUCGGCGGAAGUCGACAGAGCAUGACGAGGAGCAACGAAUGCAGUCGUAUGCAUACUUGAAGCAGCAAGAAGAUGCUGAAGCAUGGGUCAUUGUGGAGCCGCAUGCAUCCGGUAGCGACGAAACCAUAAAAAGGAGGAAUAUGAUGAUAUCGUCUUCGAAGGGCACACCAACCACCGUGCUGUCGCCCGAAGACUACGUGCUAACACUGAUGCCAGGAAGGCUUUCUGGCAGUGGACAUGAGGCGGUUUCGCAGGAUGGAACGGGAAGUGCUGGCCUGUCACGCAGCUUCUUGGAGACGCUUCCGCUGGAUCGUCGCAUCCAUGUUCUUUUGUCUAAGGGUCAAACUCACAUUCUCCAGUUCGACCGGCUGAUGAAGCUUGCACCUCACGGUAGCUCAGAGCUACAGCUUCUUGAGGUUGUGCAGCGGAAGGCGAUGCUCGUGCAGGGAUGCUGGGUGGCAGCCAGUUACCUGCGAUACAAUCGCGUUGUCGCAACGAUUCGUGAUUACAUCCUGCUGCUGUUCACAAAAAAUCGCAUCGUGACGCGCGAUAUGCUGGAGCCGCUGAACGUGUCGAAAGAGAUACUAAGAGAGAUUCUUUCACACCUUGCAGUGCAGAGGGGACCAGGGAUGGGGUGGGAAUUCCACGAAGACACGGACAAGCAUUUCAUUAGGAAGCACGGGGGGAUCGUCAAGGAGCAGGCCGGCCUGUGGGAGAUAUCGGAGGCGAACAUAACCAAAGCUGCGUUAUCGAUCAGAAUCACCACUGCGCAAGAGCUUGGCAAUCCAGCACCUAUAAGUGAGGAGGUGGAGACAAGAGUGUGGGACGAGGUAAUGGCGAGGAGUGCAAAGAUAGCUGGUGGGAGCGAGGCACUUAAGGGGGGGGUCGCUGGUGCAAGAGGGGGGGGGGGCAUAUCGGGUACAGACACGGACUUGUCUACGGGUGCCGGCGGUGGUAAAGGGCGGGGCUUGCUACAGGGCCUCGCUGUGGGGAGAGGAAAGGCGGCAUUGGAGUUGCCAAUACCCGGCGGAACGAUGUCCGAGGAAACAAAGGCUGCACUUCCGGGCGCGCUGAGGGAGAUCUUUCUCAAACACAAUGUCUGCAAUCUGCAGUUCAUAUGUCAGUGCCUGCGCGAGAGAGCGAUUUCCAUCUCCGCUGCUCCAAAGGUGAAUCCCGCCGUCGCAGCAACCGCUCUCGCUGCAGCAAAAGCAGCCUCUGCACCUGUUGCUGAGCUCUCGGCUGCAAUUUGCAAUGUCGCCACGUGUAUCGAUGGCAUCUACUUCCUGCAAUCCCUCGGAAACCCCACGCUCGACCCCUUCAGGGAGGUGGUCGUCGCCCUCUUGCGAACAAAGAAGGGUGCGUCCGCAGGUCUGAGGAAGGUAGACUUGAUCGAAGCCGCAAAGAUAGCACUGAAGGGUGAUGUGCCGAACAUUGUAUAUCAGAAGGUGUUGAAGGAGCUGUGCUACACAAGAGGAGGAGUUUGGGUUCUCAAACCAGGAGAUGGAAGGCCAUCGUAACAAAAAAAAAAAAGAAGAAGAAAAGAGGACAGACAGAAAAAAAGAGGGGGAUGGAAGGGCUGCUGUGAGUGCGAGUGAUGUGUCUGGCAAUCUUUCUACUCUCUUUCUGCCGUGAGGGAUGUGUCUGCCAAUCAUCGAACAAAAAAGUUUGGAAAAAUGUGUCUGGCAAUCAUCGAACAAAAAAGUUUGGAAAAA